GUCAGACGGUGGACUACGGUGCAUGCCAUCGGCCAUUCGCCACUUUCAUGGUCACCGCGCAAACGGAUUAUGCAUCACUAGCGAGCAUCUUGUGUGUAUCAAGAUAACCGCUGACGCAUUUGUAGAUACUGUCAGCCGGCCUGUGGGCUGCCCAGCCCCGCACCCUUCCCACGCCUGUCCCGGCUCGACUCGGUUGACGCCUCUGCGUCAACUCGCACACCAAAAUGACUGGCGGCAAGGUGGCGCCCGUGGAAGCUGCUGCAGCACCAGCGGCUAGCGUUGAAGGUCGCAAUGGCGGUGGCAAGGAGUCGUUGCUUGUCGGCGCCCAACUGCCGCUCAACGAGCAGAUGGACCUCAUGCUGGACACCAUGACGCCCGCCCAGCUGACGGAGGUUGUCCGGCAGCUGUACGGCACAGAUGCAGUGGUGACGGCGCUCGUCCUGACCCUCAGCGUCAGCGGCCUGUUCGCGAGUACGGACGGAUUCGAUGAGGGCGCCAACCUGUUUCGCGGCAGCUCGCAGACGUUUGCGCAGAUCUACCUUAUCCUCAUGAUGCUGGCCACCUCCCUGUCCGGAAUGGGGCUGCUGUACUGCGUGCACGCGUACGGCGAGAUCAUGUCGGGCGCUGGGGCUGAGGUGCACGUGGUCGUACGGCGCAUGGGCCUGAUCGCCACCUUCGGCUUGCCGGUGUUGCUUGCAAACGCGAGCGUGGUCGCCAUGCUGUUGGGCUGCAUGGUGUAUGUGGGAUUAAAGGCUAAGCUGUGGGCUGCCGUGGUGUCCUGGGGGAUUCUGGUGGUGUUGGGGGCCGUCCAAGGCUACUUCAGCAGCAAGCCCACCGCGGCUAAGCUACACAGCCUGUUGGAGGUACGGGCGCAGCGGCGGGCUGCGGCAGCAGGGGCAGGGGCGCAGCAGGCAGGGGCUGGAAAGGGAGUGGCCGGCGCGAAGCAUGGGGGCACGACGGGUGCGAGUGAGGAAGGUGAAGGGGAGGAGGAGGGUGGAGCUGGUAGGGGCGGUGAGAUGGGUGGCCUGGCCAAGCGACGACCGGCUGUGCUGGAGGCACCGCACGUGAGCUCGUGAGCAGCUCGUGGGGACAGGUGGGGUUUGCGGGAGGUGCUGGUGCUGCAUGGAUGCAUGAGUGUGGGUACCCUUGUAUGCAUGACGCGCAGGAGGGCUGGGAGGCUUUGACACCAAAGCUGUUGAGCCUUUGGCCAGUUCCAUGUGACGUGUGUCCAAUUGUCCAUUGUGACUCGUGUCACGGUGCACAAGUAUGGUCGGCGAGCGGUGCUGGGCCUAUCCGCGAGGUUGCGGCAAAGGGUUGCAGCAGCGUGCCGUGCAGGAUGACUGAUGAAUUGUUGAUGACGGCGGUGACAAGGGAGGCGGGGUACUAUGCACUGGCUGGUAUGCGUUCUUUGGUGAUGCUGAGAGGCGAGCUGUCGGUGGCUGUGAGCUGGAGCUCUUGGCGGUCUUGCACUGACAGCGC